AUGGGUGCCCUCAAGUAUGUCGAAGAGCUCCAGAAGAAGAAGCAGUCCGAUGUGAUGCGCUUCCUUCUGCGCGUUCGCUGCUGGGAACUCCGUCAGUUGAACGUCAUCCACCGCGCCUCGCGUCCCUCGCGCCCCGACAAGGCUCGCCGCCUCGGUUACAAGGCCAAGCAGGGCUACGUUAUCUACCGUGUCCGCGUCCGCCGUGGAGGCCGCAAGAAGCCCGUCGCCAAGGGUGCUACCUUCGGCAAGCCCACCAACCAGGGAGUCAACCAGCUCAAGUACCAGCGCUCCCUCGCUGCCACCGCCGAGGAGCGUGUCGGCCGCCGCUGCGCUAACCUGCGUGUCCUCAACUCCUACUGGAUCAACCAGGACUCGACCUACAAGUACUACGAGGUCAUCCUCGUCGACCCCCAGCACAAGGCCAUCCGCACCGACCCCCGCAUCAACUGGAUCGUCAACCCCGUCCACAAGCACCGCGAGGCUCGCGGUCUCACCGCCACCGGCAAGAAGUCCCGCGGCCUCAACAAGGGCCACCGCUACAACAAGACCCGCGCCGGCCGCAGAAAGACCUGGAAGCGCCACAACACCCUCUCCCUCUGGCGCUACCGGUAA